CUGCUUCCGGGUUUGGGCGACCACGUGAGUGGGAAGGGCAGAGUGUCCCGGAAGUGACGCGAGGGAGACAUGGCGGCGCCCACGGAGCGGCAACAGGAGGAAAAGGAGGAGGAGGAGGAGGACUGGGUGCUGGACUCGCUCGGGCUGUACGAGGAUCUGCACAUGUUCGACCUGCAGGAACCCACGCGCGUCCUCGAGUGGAGCCGCGGCCCGAGCAUCUGCGUGGCAGGAUACGGCGGCAGCGGCGGGGACGGCAGGAGCGAGAUCCUGCAGCUGGGGCUGCCCCCGCGGCUCUGCGCCCGGGACAAGCAGGGGCUAUGUCCGGAGAGGGACUUCAAGGUGGAGCGCGGAGGGUUUUCGCACCGCCCGGUGCAUGGCUUGAAGCAGGUGCCAGACACCAGCUUGCUGGUGACCAGUGGCCCCCCUGACAGUUCCCUGCAGGUUUGGCAGAUGGCAGCAGAGGACACUGAUGUUAUUAAUUUUGUAAGUACCAUCCCUGCGGGAAAUGCCAGUGAGAAAUCUUGGGCCAAAAUUGCAACGGCUUUUGCUGAGAACCCCUGGGUGCUUCAUGGCUCAAGAGUCAGCAAUGUCCAAGUUACAGAGAUCGAGUCGAAGAGAAGCAUCUACAGAGCAGCCUCUAACAACAGCGACGAGGUCGGUGGCCUGGAGUUCCUGGACUGCAACACAUUUCUUGUCUGCUCCACAAAGGGACGGCUCAGCUUGGCGGAUAUUCGGCAGCCACCAAGUCCAUUGGAGGGUGCGCCCGUCUCAUUGGCCCUGGGAGGAGAGCGCUGGUGCAUGGGCGUGGGGCACAGCCCUGAUGGGGGGGCGCUCGCUGCGGCCUGCUUCUCAUCUGGGGGGCAACUCACGCUGACAGAUUUGAGAAGCAGCUCAACGCCUUUGAAACAGGCCACGUGCAAAGUCCCUGUGCCUGGGCAGAACGCAGAGUUCCUGGGUGUCUCCUGGGCUCCAGCCUUGGAGGGAUGCCUUGCUGUUUCAGGCUUUGACGGGACCGUUCACGUCUAUGACACGAAGAGCUGGGAUGACUCCAGCCGGGAAGCAGCCCCAGUGUUUGUUCACAAAGGACAUGCUUUCAGUGGAGCAAGCAGUGGGGCCGUGGUCACAGUGCACACGUGGCAUCCGUGGAAACCAAGGACCGUGCUAUCGGCAGCCAGUGAUGGCUCCCUUCACGUUUGGGACUGGAUGGAUCCCUGCAGCAGUUAACACAUGUUCCGCUAGGACCUCGCUGCUGUUCCUGCAGUCCUGUUCACGGAUCCUGGACUGCCUCUACACGGACAACUGGUUAGGUUGCUUUAGGCUGACAAUCACAGUCAGUAAUCCCAAGUUUGAAGACCAGUGUUGUCAAACCAGCAUUGUUUUGGGAGCUGUUAUUCCAGGUGUGUUCUCCCAUGGCCCAUUACUUGCUCUCAUGCGGCUGUUUUGUUUCCUGGUUUCCAGCCCUGCAGAAGAAGGUUGAAAACCUACCAUGUUCUUGCUGGUCAUCAAGGUUAUUUUACAUUAAAGAAUCGCCUCUGUUGAGGCAGUUGCAGUCCCUGAGAUGUUUACUGGAGUCGUUUUAUCUUGC